AUGACAAAGAAAGGAGAGUGGUAUGAAACAGAAGAACAAGCUCCGGAACAUUUCAAGUCCCUGUGGGACAGUACCAUCUAUCCUCCAAUCAUAACAGAGGCACAGGACGCCAAAUUAGAGAGAUGUAUAAGAGUGUUACCACAUCAACAGAACACUGGAGCUUUCUUUAUAGCUGUGAUACAUAAAACACAAGAAUUACCAUGGUCAUCUGGUAGAGUCAACAGACGUGUUGACCCAAUAAUCAACCCAAAAGUAAGACUUGAUGAGGCUGAGAAGAAAAUCAAAGGGUCUGAACACUUCACGUUUGGCGUGCGGAACCAUGGUGGACUUUACACAUAUGCCAGGUGUAACUUGUGUAAUGCAAAACUACAGGGCAGGAAUGACUAUAACAGUCAUUUAGCGGGCAGGAAACACAAGAAGGAGGUUGAGGAUAGAAAAUCAUUAGAAGAGAAGGAAAGCUUAGCACAAAAAUUUGAUGAGGUUAAAACAGAGAACACUGACGCUGCACCUGUUGCCAUGGAAACACAGAAUACUGACACCAUAAAAACUGAGGACACUGUUGAUAAACAGAAUGAAAGUAAUAACUCUGAUAGGACAGAGAAUGUGGAUAAAGUUAAAGAUAAUAGUGAGAAGAGUGAUAGUAAUGUAGAUACUGACAAUAAAAAUGAAGUUGUGAAAAGUGAGGACACACAGAAAAGUGGGGACUCAGAGAAAAGUGGGGACCCGCAGAAAAGUGGGGACAAUGAAACUGAUGAUAAGCCGCCACCAGCUAAGAAAAUGAGGGUGGAGAGUAAAGAAGAGGAGAUAAAAUUGGUCAUGUUCGGACAUAAAGAAGACCCGUUCCUGUUCUGCUCGAAAAAUGAUCCUAUAUGGCCCAGUAUACAGCAAUUUUAUGAAAUAUCAGAAGAUUUAGGUAUAGAACAGAUCAUGUAUAGGAAUAUGAAGCGUAUUCUGUAUUACGUCUCUAAACCAAUACGUAACCUAGUCAUCUGUAACAGUGAACGUGUCAAGUUCAUCAAUCUAGGUGUGAAAUGUUUCAGUAAUGCACCGUCGCCUCUUGUACCAGACUGUGAUUUCAGACUCUCUCAAGAUGGAUUGUUAGCAAUACAUCAACACAUUAGAGGUAGACGUGUAUCCCUGACCAAACAAGAUAUCAUUACAAUUCUUAGUCAAGAAAACCCGUUCAUCUGUAAAUUGUCACCUUCAGCACAGGAGAGUGUAUAUGCUAUGGACCCUGGCAGCACUCUUUUUCAUUUCAAACCUAGCGAAAGUGAUCCAGAGCCAAAUGUUGAGAUUAUUUUCUGCGGUUGGCGAGGAAAGACGUCGGUGAGGUCAUUUGUCGGGAAGGAUGAGAGGUCACAUUACCUCCGACUGUGUGGGGUGGAGUUAACAGAUAUACAGGCUCAAGUCCAGGAAAUGAAGUUAUCGAGGGACUCAAAUACAUCUUCGGUAGCUGGUACAGAAACACCUGUUGGAGUGCCGUCUGGUGAUGAAGCUGAAGUAGAGCAAUGGAAUAAAGAGACCGAGGAAUCCCGAGGGGCCGAGGCUGAUGAAAUAGAGGAGGGAAAUGGUAGCGAAUCUUUGAAUGGAGAGUCAAAUGAUGCUGGAAAUGAGGGGAAAGUUGAAAGCGAGGGACAAGCGAAUGCUAAUGAGACUAAGUAGCUGUCAAAUUUAAUAGAGAUAACUUCACCAGUCUGUUGAAAAUGAGAUUUGAGCUGGGGAGAAUUGAAGAGUACAGAGGGAUAUUGUUAUAGUGAUGUGUGGAGGAGUUUACACUGUGUUCAGAUUAAUUAUACUUCAAAUUUAAGCUUCUGAUGUAAAGUUCUACUAUUUAUCAAUUGACAAGCAUGUCAAUGAAUUCUUACAUUAGACCUGUCCUGAAUUGAAUAUGAAAUUGUUCAUUUGUUAUUUUUCAAGGUUUAAAUUCAGAAGCAAUUUUAGAAGCCUAAAUGAAGGUGCCAACAAUAAAGGUCGGGGCCCACAGUCUUGGUUACCUAUGUACUCCUGGCAUACUCCAGUUGUUAUCACAAGUCAUUGACAUCAGGAAUUUUUUAAACUAAGAUGAUUCAGCAAAAUAAGGAAUAACCUAAAUUUUACCUUUGUAUAUAUCUUUUUAAACAAUUUGAACAUUUUAAUGUCUAUGAUUACAGAUUUGUAUCAUGCUAAACAACAUGUAAAUGUUUUUAUAUUAUUUUUUAUUUUACUGAAAUGAGUAAUUAUUAUGUCUACUGUGGCCAAGUAGUAAAGAACGUUGACUUCAAUCCACUUGCCCCUCUUUGCUUUGGAUUGGAAUACAGAAAGGGACUUUGGAUUUAGCUAUCUAGCUACCUCACAGAAUGGCAGUGGUUCUGCUCAGGUGCCCUUUUGUAUCCUGUAAAGCUGGAAAGUCGCCAUAUGACCUAUAUUGUUUUGAUGCAAUGAAGCAAUGUAUGUAAUCUCCACCCCCCCCCACCCCC